UCCUACAACCAGAUAAAAUCAGUAUUCGGCACGGUUCACCUACGGAGCCGGCAGAGAUGCACCUUAACGCCGGUGACGGAAUUUUCCACAAUCAACCAAUACCUUUCCUCCACCUCACCCCACUCUCCCCUACAAUGCCCUUCCACGUGUCCUCUCUCCGUACCCGUCCACUUCUCAGUUCUCACCCCGUCAAUCCCAAUAUUUCUCCGUCAACCGAUAAAAUAAUACCGUCUACCAAUACCAUGAACUUUCCGGUCAACCAAAACAAACCCUAAUUCGCUCUCCCUGUUUUCGGUCUCCGACUCUCGAAGAUAAGCUUUCCUACCAGAUCCGGGAAAGUUCGUGGUGAUAAUUCAAUGGAAGAUGAAGAGGAGAUCCAAUCGCACGAUUCGGGCGCCUCCGGAUCUCCGUCACCGUCUCCACCUAACGGGAGGAUAACGGUGACGGUGGCAGCCGCGCCGCCUCUGGCUGUGCCGCAAUCGUCAGCGCACAACGCGCUGACUCUGGCUCUCCCUUUUCAGACUUCUAACAAGAAUAACGGUGGUGGAGGAGGAGGACGGGAGGAUUGCUGGAGCGAGGGAGCGACGGCGGUGCUGAUUGAGGCGUGGGGGGAGAGGUUUUUGGAGCUGAGUAGAGGAAAUCUGAAGCAGAAGCACUGGAAAGAAGUGGCGGAUAUUGUGAGCGGCAGAGAAGACUACAAUAAGACGCCCAAAACAGAUGUCCAGUGCAAGAACCGUAUUGAUACGGUCAAGAAGAAGUACAAAUCGGAGAAAGCAAAGAUUGCAGCCGGUGCCGGCCCGAGCAAGUGGCAGUUCUAUGAGAGAUUAGACAAUUUGAUUGGUCCAACAGCAAAAAUUCCUGCUGGUCCUAGCUCAAUUUCAAUGUCUACCAAAGUACCAGUCGCAAUUCCGGUUGGUGCUCGCGGUGGUGGAAAUCAGUUUCACAUUCAAAAACACCAGCCACAAAGGAGCAAAUCGUCGAAAAAUCAGAAGUUACAGUUUCGCAGGCGGGGUCAGAUGGACUCGGAAGAGGAGGAGUCCGAGGAGGAAGAUGUGUCGCCGGAUUCAGACGAUUCUUUUCCGCCGGAGAAGAAGCCGAGGGUUAUGAGAAGAGAUGUUGGUGAGUCAAAGGAGAAGAAAGGAGGGUGGGGGAAUUCGCUGAGGCUUUUGACGCAAGCGAUUCUCAAGUUUGGGGAGACAUACGAGUCUGCGGAGAGUGCAAAGCUGCAGCAAGUGGUGGAAAUGGAGAAACAGAGAAUGAAGUUUGCGAAGGACAUGGAGUUGCAGAGAAUGCAGUUCUUCAUGAAGACCCAGUUGGAGAUUUCACAGAUGAAGCAUGGAAGGAGAGGUGUCAAUUCCAGUAAUCACCAUUGCAACAACAACAACAACAAUAACGAAAGUGACAGUAACUAAGGUUUGAUUUAGUCUUUAGAUUUUAGGAUAAUCUAUGUAUAUGGGUGAAGAAGAAGACCCAUUGUUGAUUGCAGUUUGUAUUUGCUGAUUGUUGGUCUUUAGUGCAUCUGUUUCUUGUAAACUCAAUGCCCAUAAAAGUAUCAGGAAAUGAUCAAAUACUUGAUUGUUGAAGGUCUGUGUGAUUUGCUUGAAGAAGCUUUUAGGAAUCCAUGACCUGUUUAUGAAAUUGUGAAAACUGAAAUGCCUCUGGUUAUUUA